AUGCUAGAGAUGAUACCGAAAGAUAAGUCCUUGCUGACAAAAGAGGAAAGAACUCGUGCGAACCUUGACAACAUCGCCAAAGAUAUAUUAUACAAGGCUCUGGAUGAGUCACUAUUCCCUCGGGUGAGAAAAUGCAAAUCGGCUAAGGAUAUCUGGGACACACUUAUGCAAAUAGGAGAAGGUGACGAGCAAGAAAAGGAAAACAAGCUGACUAUUGCCAUGAAAAGAUUCGAGGAUUUCAAACUUGGCACAAAAGAAUCCAUAUCUGACAUGGAAGCUCGCUUUAUGAAACUGCUAAUGGACAUCCGAGACCUUGAUGAAGAGAAGCUCUCACAAAAGGAGAUAAACUUAAAAAUUCUCCGUGGACUGCCGAAGAAUUGGGAGAUGAAAGUUGUUGCAAUGCGUGACCACCGAGACUUGAAAACAACGAGCACUACUCAGAUCUUCAGUGACUUAAAGGCUUAUGAAUUCGAGAAAGAAGCAUUAACUGAGGAAGAACCUGAGGCGAGAAAUGUAGCUCUAGUUGCAAGCCAGCAACUAUCAUCGUCAACCGUAAAGUCAAACUCUAAUCCAUCUGAUUUAUUCACUAACGAUCAAUUUUCUUUGUUUAUGAGGAAGUUCAAGAGAUUUAUGAGGAAAAACCAAACUCAUGACAAUUCAGGCAAGUCAAGAACAUCGAAGCAUAGAAAUGCUGACAAGCCCAGUGGAUCGAAAACACGUGAUACCGAAGAAGUACAGAUGCUAUGCUAUAACUGCCGUAAGCCUAGACAUUUCAAAGCUGAAUGUCCUUAUCCUAUUGUCAAGAAACAUCAAGAAGAAUACGGCAACUACAGGAAGAAUUCGGGAAACUACAACAACCCGAAGAAUACAUCAAAUGAUGCAAAUGAUCAACCUAGCAACUACUUUGGGAACAACCAGAAGAGUGAGAGACGAAGGAAGGCUCUAGCUGUGGAAGAGAAACCGGAAGAAAAGACUGACGAGCCAUGCACAUCAAGCUCCAGCUCAGAAAGUGAUAGUUCGGAAGAUGAAAAGGGACUCCUGUGUCUCUUCAGUCAAGAGGAAUCGGACGAAGAACUAUGUCUUAUGGCAAAAGAAGACGAGGUAACCUCUCAAAACCACUCAUCUAAUUACAGCUCUGAGUCUAGCUAUCAUGAGAAUCCUAGGGAAGCAUUCGAAAGAACGAUGAAGGAAUUUGAUGAUGUUAGAUAUACACAUUUCAAACUUAAGGAAGAGAAUGCUCAGCUAUUGGCAGAAAGACAAGAUCUCGAGGACUUAAAGUCCAAAAAUGCUGAGAUGCUUGAGUCUAUAAGCUAG